UGGAUGGAGUGACAUGUUGAAAAAGAGAUGAAGAACCCACCGGAACGCAUGCCAUUAUAUAAGACUGAGAAGCGAAUGUGAAGUGUUUUCAGAGUAUUUAAACACACGAAAGCCCAUUUGAUGAGAGUGGCUUUGAAAACUGCCACAAGGCUUCUUGUGGCGCAUCCCGUAUCCAAUUUGAGUGUGAGGGGUUUUUCAUUCUCACAGUCGCUUAAAUUAACUCCAACGGUUGUUCUUCCUCUCCACUCUCACCGUCCCGCCAAAACCCUCGUUCGAAUCGCCACGCCGUCGUUUCGGAGUUGCGGUUGCGCACCAAUGUCUACGGUUCAGGUCCGUGACAGAAUCGACAUAUCUGAUACCGAGAGAAGCAUCUUUGAUAGGCUUCUUGCCACUCUUCGCCACUUUCACCUCCAAACUCAGCUCCGUGUCGCGGGUGGCUGGGUUCGCGACAAGCUUUUAGGAAAAGAGUGCUAUGACAUCGAUAUCGCUCUGGACAAUAUGAUGGGAACUGAGUUUGUCGACAAGGUUAGGGAGUACUUGUUGUCCAUCGGCGAAGAUGCACAGGGAGUUUGUGUCAUCGAGAGCAAUCCUGACCAGUCCAAACAUUUGGAAACAGCUAGGAUGCGGUUGUUUGAUAUGUGGAUUGAUUUUGUUAACCUACGUAGUGAAGAAUACACUGAGAAUAGCCGCAUUCCUUCCAAGCAAAGAAUUGGAACAGCAGAAGAGGAUGCAUAUAGGAGAGAUUUGACAAUUAACAGCUUAUUCUACAAUAUCAACACUGACUCAGUUGAAGAUUUCACUAAGAGAGGGAUCCUGGAUCUUAAGUCCGGAAAGAUUGUGACACCUUUACCCCCAAAAGCCACAUUUCUUGAUGACCCAUUACGAGUUCUUCGAGCCAUUAGAUUUGGUGCUAGAUUUGAAUUCACCCUAGACGAAGAUCUGAAAGUAGCUGCUUCAUGUGAUGAUGUGAAAGAUGCUCUGGCCGCUAAAAUUAGCAGAGAGCGCAUUGGAACUGAGAUUGAUCUUAUGAUAUCCGGAAAUCAGCCUGUCAAAGCAAUGACUUACAUUUAUGAUCUGACACUCUUUCGGAUUGUAUUCAGUCUUUCUCCUGAAUUUGAACCUGCUAUUUCAGAUGGAUGUGAAAGGCUUUGCAUUUCUUGCUUGGAUACUGCUUGGAACCUUGUCCAGUUACUUGGAGAGUCAACUUUCACUGCUGAACAAAAAAGGUUAGCACUUUAUGCUGCUUUGUUUCUUCCUCUUAGAAAUACCACUUACAGAGAAAAAAAAGCAAAAACGGUUCCUGUUGUCAAUCAUAUUAUCCGGGAGUCACUUAAACGAAAAGCUAAGGAUGCGGAAGUGGUGCUUAAUUUACACCAAGCAUCACAUAAAUUCUUGUCGUUGUUCCCUUGUCUUACAUCUGGUAAGGAUGACCAAGUUGUCGGUCAUGAUUGGAUGGGAGACUUGGUUGAUGUCCCUGUCUAUUCUAGAGUCAGGGUACUGACAGGGUUUCUCUUAAGAGAGCUUAAAGAUUUUUGGCGAGUUGCACUGUUGAUAUCUACUAUACUACAUCCUAUUGACAUUGAGGAUGAGCCCUCCCAGCUGGACAUAAGAAGAGAUCUGUUUAAUACUGUGGAGAAUGCUAUAACCAAACUCGGCCUUGAGAGGAUAUGGGACGUAAAACAAUUGAUCAAUGGCAAAGAUGUUAUGAAUACCUUAGGGCUUAAAGGAGGAGGGCCUCUUGUAAAGGAGUCGCUGGAUAAAGCAAUGGCUUGGCAACUUGCCCAUCCAUCUGGAACCGCGGAGGAUUGCGUUGAAUGGUUGAGAGAAACCAAUUCUAAGCGUGUUAAGUUGCAAUGAGAUUGAUUGCCUUGAGUGAUUGUUUAUUCUCUCAUUGUUUCGGAUUGAGAGAAGCUGCUUCGCUGAAGGAAACUAACCCAGCUUGCUGUGUUUUGAGAUGAUACAAGGUACUUCAAACAUUCUUUCCUUGAAGUUGCUAUGCCACUCGCAACUUUUAUAAAGUCUGAAGUAAUUCUUGCUGACUUUUGGGAUGUAAAUUUAUACCCUGGUAAAAUGUAAUUAUUAUUUUUUUUCCGUAAUUGCUAGAAUGGGUGAAAAUAUGAUAGUUGUUCCAUGGUAUUUAUAUUCCUAUCAGGAGUCAAGUAACCAUUGUAUCGUGAUAACACUGUAGCCCGAAAGGCUACAUUUUGGGGAGAACAUAAUCCCCCACUUUAAGUGCAAUCAUUUGAAUGACGUAAGUUACUUUGGGUGGUGGAUGAA